AUGAAAAAGGGAGGAAAUAGUUCUAAUACUUUGAUUAUAACGGACUCUGCUCUUGUGCACCCAGAAAGCCAUGAUUUAUUGCAAGAGACCAUUUCUGCAAUUAAAGAGUUUGUAAAUGAGCUCAACACAGAAAAACUGAUUCAUAGUUGCCUUCAAAUUUUACAUCUUAAGUCAUUUCGUCGGGUCCUAUUAAUUUUUACAGAAUCCAAGAUAGCCAAAUUAGUAUUUGAAUACUUCCAAAGAUUAGGGAUCCAGAUUGGAUUUGCAAGGAAUGAUAACAGGCUCACAACUUGUGACUUAAAUUCAGACUGUACAGUGGAUUCGAAUGUCUCAGGAAGUAGUCUAAACCCCCAGCAUAUUCAUAUAAGCGAUCCUAUUAACGAAAGAUAUAUACCUGGAGAUACGGGGGUGGCCGGCAGAGAGAAUAACUUGACGUUUCUAAGAGUGCCACAUCCACCAAUUCAAAUGCAAUCGCCUCCAGCUUCACCAUAUGAGGGAUGGAUCCCACAGCCUGAAGAACCUCCAAGUGAUACGACGCUUUCUUUCCAUCCCAAGACUUUGGGACAUGUAUUGUACACUUAUGACGGGGAAGAAGUGCCACAAGGGCUGGGUCAAAUGAGAAAAGUGUUUUCUUCUUUUAUUGAUGAUGAGAUGCCGAUGAGUCGAAUCAAUGAGAGCUUGGAGGAUUUAAAUCUCGGUGAAGGUCUCGAAGAUACCAAUGAGAGAGGAGGAAAUGGUGAUGAUAGAGAUUUAUUAAAGGGAUCACUUCUUCAAAAGAAUAAGUUUGUGGAAAAUAAUGAAUUUAAAAUACCAAUAUUAGUUAUAAACCAAAAAGAAGCGGAAAACUUAAGACAAGUGGCAACCAAUUUUGAUCUUGAUAAAGCAUGA